AUGGUGAACUAUGUUAGAUUUAAAUAUGGACAUAUACCGGCAUCAUUUCCUCACCAAGCUCCCAGCUUUCAGGACCCUCGCAAUUCUGGUACCAGCUCUACCGGUACUUCAAAGAGUCUCUCCCAAUCCGAGAUUCUUAAGAAGUUGGGGAUUGAAAGCACCGAGUUCUCCAAAGAUGAAAUUCUCCUCACUUCUACUCAAGGAUGGCAACUCUAUUCCGUUAAUAGCAUUUGGCACAGCUGGACUGUGGACUUAUAUUUGCUCCAUUCACCCUAUCUCGCAAAAGAACUUUCCGACCUUCAACAGAUCUGGCUGUCGAUAAAACAGGUAAAAGCCUCUGGAAAGGCUAAAUCCAUUAGAGUGUCAAAUCACCAGCGUCCGCAUAUCAAAGAAAUACUGAAAGUCGCUAAUAUCAUUCCUGCCCUCAAUCAACUAGAAUUCUAUCCUUAUCUACAGCGCGCACACAAUUAUCUCCCCUGGAUGCGGGCGCAUAGGUUCGAGGCGGCUAGUUUCCACGGGUUAACACCAAUCACAAAAGCACGGCCUGGACCUCUUGACAACAUACUUGCAGAGAUUGCAGCCGGACAUCAAGUUUCUGAGAACUCUGUGCCAUUAGCUGGCAGAUUGCUCAGAAUGUUGUGGUGA